AUGAAGUUCACAAUCAGCUUUGGAAUAUUCGCAUUCGCUGCUUUGGUAGGAGCAAGUAAUGUCGUUGAUCUCGAUACUAAGAAUUUCGAACAAUUCGUAGGUGGUGAUAGACCUGCUUUGGUUGAAUUCUACGCACCAUGGUGUGGACACUGCAAGAAUCUUGCUCCUACGUACGAACAACUCGCCGACGCUUUUCCAAGCGAUAAAGUCGUCAUUGCUAAAACUGAUGCUGAUGGUGUUGGACGAGAACUUGGUACUAAGUUCGGUGUCACUGGUUUCCCAACUAUUAAAUGGUUCCCUGCUGGAUCACUCGAACCCGUCGAUUACGCUUCUGGAAGAGAUCUUGAAUCUUUAGUAGGAUUCGUCGGUAAACAAUCAGGUGUCAAAUCAUCAAUCAAACCACCUCCUCCACCACUCGCAGUUGAACUUGAUGCAUCAAACUUUGAUGAUAUAGCUCUGAAUAACGACAAAGAUGUUUUGGUAGCUUUCACUGCUCCUUGGUGUGGACAUUGUAAAACUCUCAAACCUACCUAUGAGAAAGUAGCCAAAGCCUUCCUUUCAGAACCCAAUUGUGUAGUAGCUCAAAUGGAUGCAGAUGCUGCUCCCAACAAGCCAAUCGCAUCUAAAUAUGAUGUUAGAUCUUUCCCUACGAUAAAAUUCUUCCCUAAAGGCUCUAAAGAACCUGUUGCUUAUUCAACUGGUAGAUCUGAACAACAAUUCAUUGAUUUCCUCAACGAACACUGUGGAACCCACCGAUCUAUUUCCGGUCUUCUUUCUGAAACCGCUGGUAAAGUCCUCACCCUCGACACGCUCGCUUCCAGCUUCUUCACCGCUUCUCUCCCUGAGCGACCUGAUGUUCUCGGUAAAGCAAGAGAGUACCUUGCUACUUUGACCGGAACCGACACGAAAAACAGCACUGCUGCCGAAUACUACGUCCGAGCAAUGGAGAGAGUGCUUGAAAAGGGUGAAGGAUGGUUAGCCAAAGAACAAGCCAGAAUCGCUGGUCUUCUCGCUUCACCCUCAUUGGCACCUACCAAACUUGAUGAACUCAAAAUCAAAGCUAACAUCUUAUCCUCAUUCGCCGCUACAAAAGCCUCUGAGGCUGCUGAUGCUGCAGGAGAUCUGUACGACCAGGCUGCCGGUGCGGCUGGCGACCUAUACGACCAAGCUGUCGAUGCCGCCAAACAAGUUCCUCAACAAGCCAAAGACGGUGUAGAUCAAUUCGCUGAUGCAGUUCAAGGUCAAGCUAAGAAGAUCAAGGAGGAGCUUUAA